ACAUUGAAAAUUAUAAAUAUGAAUCAGAGUCAAUUAUUAUAUUGUAAAUUAAAAUAACAGAUUGAAGGUUCAUCCAUACAAUAUGAGAAUGAAUUUAAACAAGCGCGCAAAAGCUCCUGACUUCAAGUUAAUGAUUUUAUAAUUUUUUCGAAUGGACUAUUCAUCUUGUUCUACCGUAUCUCUGAAUUUUCUCUCGUGGCCAAUGAGAUGGUGGCUUUUGCGCUUGCGUUGUGCUUUCUUAACAACUUGCCACAAUAUUUGAAAAUUUCCUGCAUAUAGAAACUAAGCUAGCGGUCUUCAGGCAGUUGACCACAAAUUACGAACUUGUUACUAUCAACAGAUUCUUCAUGGGUUGUUGUUGGUAUAAUCUACUUGCUUUUCUCUUCAUUUUCUUGGUACUGAACUUCGGAGUUUCAGAAGGAAAACGAGGUUGCGCAAAUUUUGGCCACUCCUGCUAUGGUGGUAUGGGAAAGAGGGGCCAUAAAGAACUACUUCCAAUACUGGAUCCAACACAAGAGCAAGGAGAAAUUUUGAUUGGAUCGAGAUUUAUCAGUGACAAACCCUACGUCAAACUAAAAUUGAACCCCCUCCAAUAUCAGCAACUAUCACGAUUCUUCAAACAAUGGAUCUCUUCCCGGAGUUCUCAACAUUACGAAGAUGGUCAGAACGAGAUCUGAAGUUCAGUCAUCAUCGACAAAAAACAUCAUAAUGCGGGAAAUAUAUUUAUUAAAACACUUAUAUAUUUUAAAAUUUAAUGACUAUCGAAAAAUCCAUAAAAUAAAAUGUUUAUAUAUAAUAUAUUAUUUAUAUGAUUGAUUUGCAAAUAAUUAAAGAGUUAAUACUA